AUGGACUGGGACACGGUCAAAGAGGAGGAGGAAGCGGAGGGGCUUGAUCUCGACACGUUCGAUUUCGGCAGCGUUCUAGAUGGAACAUCAUCCUUGCAUGGAUCUGAUUUCGAAAUUCCAAUCCGGUCGGGUCUCGACGACAUGAUGAGCACCAGCGACCAUAUCGCCCAACUCCAGCAGCAACAGCUCCAGCAGCAACAGCAGCAGCGCAAUCUCCAGUCACAGAUGGCCUUCAUCGAGGACGCACUAGCCACUCAUCCCUUCUUCGCCAAUUCACAGCAGCAACUGCACAACCCCUAUCAGCACCAGCCUCAAUUCCAGCUUCCACCAAUUACGUCCCCAGCACCCACGCCCUCAGCCUUAUCUGGGUCUAGCCUGCACUUCCCCUUGCCCGAGAUUCAGAUCUCUGAAUUCCCAUCCGAACGGCCAUCUGUCGGCUCAGCCUCACAAUCGCCCUAUUUCGGAUCGUUCUCCUCGUCGCCCACGGGCUCGAGUCUGACCUCCUUUUUCGCCACGACCCUAUCCGGCUCGGGAGAGUUGCCGACCGUCGUGCAACGCUCCUCUCCCACAAGCUCUGGCUACACGUCUCCCCUCUCCCUCUCCGGCCAGAUGCACGCUUUCAGCAUGAGCGUGGCUUCGGGCACCCUGGCUUCGUCCGGCUCGGCCGUCUCGGGCUCCGGACCCGUCGCGGUGCCACCGCCCUCUUCCUCCUCGGCCUCCAACAACAAGCGCAAGAAGCCGCUCAAGAAGAAGCAGGCCUCGCUUCCCAACAUCCUGCCGGCGCCCACCGCGCCCGCGACCACCAGCGGCGGCGGGCCACUGUCACUCUCGACGUCGCCCACCUCCUCGUCCUCGUUCCCGCAGAUCAUGUCGAUCCACCUGUCCCCUAUCACGUCACUUCCUUCGUCUCCCAACGCCCAGCCCUACUCGCCUCCGGGCCAUUCCCCGCCUUCUUCGCCUCGCAGCUCGCCUCCUCCACCCUUCGCCGCCGGGGCGACCUGGGUAGCCGAUAUCAAGCCAAGUGUCACUCUUCCUGGCCUCGGACAGGGUCCCAAGAUUAUGCACCCGACUCACCGAUCUCUAUUCCUCCCCUUUAGCAAGGUGCUGUACGACGAAGUGAUAUUCUCGGCGGCCAAGACUCCCACCAAGGUCACCCUGAUGUGUACUCCCACCGGGUCGAACCUCCCGCAGCCCGUCGUUGUUCAGCCAACCCAGAUCUCGAUUCACGACGAUUCCAACGACCAGCGACUGACGCCCACGUGUACUAUUAUCGAGUGCCACUUCCCCUUCCCCACCGUCAUGAAGACUUGCGUCGGCGGCGUGAAGGUGGCCAACGUGCAGUUCCGGCUCUUCCAUGCUCCUCCCGCUCCAAGCGCCCCGGUUCUCCUCGAUGCCUUCUACAAGGACGGAGAGAUGCGCCACCUGCCCAUGGUCGCCUAUCCGCACACCAAGGCCAAGAUCCAGUGUUGGGCCAUCAUCAUCUGGUACGCCGACAAAGGACCCGAGUACGAACAGCUCACCUGGGCCGAGUUGGCGAAGCGCUUUGCCUACUUCUACACGCGCCAAUUAAACGAGACCAUGCAUCCUCAGUCCCUUCGCUUCCUUGGCGAGAAGCUGGGCGUACCCAAUGCUGGCAAGGAGAGCAGCAAAGACGAGAUCGUUACAUUCGAAACCUACAUGCAGACUCGAGUUGGCCAUUGGCUCUACAACGCCGUGCAGGCCAUCAAAUCCUACCAUGAUCUAUGGAAGAACUACUCCCUGCGCAUGUUCCUCACACACAAGGACGCCGUGAUACUUCUCAAGCAGAUGGGCGCCAAGCCGGGCGACUUCCUCUUCCGCAUCCCCUCGCAGCUGGCCGAAGAGGACACGAAGGCGUUCAAGACGCGUUCGCCCUCCUCCACGCUCGUCUUCACCUACGUGCAGAAGGUGGACGAUGAGCUCAAGUUUGCGAAGGUCGACGUCAACGACAAGGUUCGCGAAGAUCCCAAGUUCGUUCACCAGAAAAAGGAGUUGGUGAACGUGCUAUGCCUAAACGAGAAGGGGGAGAUGAUUUUGAGACACAAGAUGGACUGCGCCUUCAACGAGAAACAGAAGAGGAAGGAGCACGUAGGCAAGAGCAGCGUCAAGAGCAGCGGCGACGACGGCGACGAAUAUGAGACCUACUGA